GAGGACCUCGGGGCGAGGGCCGGGGGACGGGUCAUUUCCUUCCUCCCCAUCUGCACCUCCCUCAGGGCCAUAAAAACCACAGACCUCGGGCAGGAGGGCGCCGGUCCGCGGAGAACUAGGGAGACCCAAUAUGGACUCCCUGGAAAACGACGACUAUGACUACCCUUACACCUGGGACCCCAACACGUCAGUGGAUAACUCUUCCUACACCGUGAGGCUGAGCACCCCGGACAUACUCGCCCUGGUGAUCUUUGCGGUGGUCUUCCUGGUGGGAGUGCCCGGCAACGUCAUGGUGCUCUGGGUGACGGGGAUCGAGGUCCGCCGAGCCAUCAAUGCCAUCUGGUUCCUCAACCUGGCCGUGGCGGACCUGCUCUCCUGUCUGGCGCUGCCCAUCAUGUUCGUGACGGUCCUGCAUCACAAUCACUGGUAUUUCGGGGGCGCCGCCUGCCACAUCCUCCCUGCCCUCCUCCUGCUCAACCUGUACGCCAGCAUCUUGCUCCUGGCCGCCAUCAGCGCCGACCGCUUCCUGCUGGUGUCCAACCCCAUCUGGUGUCAGAACUACCGAGGGGCAACGCUGGCCUGGGUGGCCUGUGCCGUGGCCUGGGGCCUGGCCCUGCUGCUGACCAUCCCCACCUUCAUGUUCCGGAAGGUGUACAAAGAAGACUUCCCCCCCAAGACGGAGUGUGUGGUUAGCUACGGCCGCAACAGUACCCAGGAGAGGGCCGUGGCCACCCUCCGGCUGUCGGUGGGCUUUCUGUGUCCGCUGGUGAUCCUCACCGUCUGCUACACCUUCCUCCUGAUCCGGGCCUGGAGCCGCAGCGCCACGCGCUCCACCAAGACGCUCAAGGUGGUGGUGGCGGUGGUGGCCAGCUUCUUCGUCCUCUGGCUGCCCUACCAGGUGUCCGGCAUGCUGCUGGCGUUCUUUCCCAGGGAACACCACCACUUCAAAGCCGCGUCCCGGUUCGACGCCCUGUGCGUGUCCAUCGCCUACGUCAACAGCUGCAUCAACCCCGUCAUCUACGUGGUCGCCGCCCAGGGCUUCCACGCCCGGCUCCUCAAGUCCCUCCCUGCCAGGCUGCGGAACGUGCUGGCCGAGGAGUCCGCGCUCAGGGAGUCCAAGUCCUUCACGUCCAAGUCCUUCACGCUCUCCACGCUGGACAGCUCAGCCCAGAAGAGCCAGGCGGUGUAGGGGACGCCCGCCCGCCACUCUGCCUUCCUUCCGCUCCAUUCUCUUCUGCUUCUUUCAGCUCAGCUCUGGGUGAGCUGGUGGUGUUUCACUGAGCUCUCCUCCGUCCGUCCUCAUUUCCACGACCCACGAAGACUGCCUGCUGGGGCCACACAACCUUUCUCUUCACCUAAGGACGUAGAAACACAGACACCGAUAUGCCAGGAGUUGCCCUGGUCGGCUUGGCUCAGUGGACAGAGCGUCGGCCUGCGGACUGAAGGGUCCCAGGUUCGAUUCCCAGUCAGGGCACCUGCCCGAUCCUCAGUAGGGGGUGUGCAGGAGGCAGUCAAUCAAUGAUUCUCUCCCAUCAUUGAUGUUUCUAUCUCUCUCUCCCUUUCCCUUCCUCUCAGAAAUCAAUAAUAUAUAUAUAUAUAUAUAUAUACCAGGCACUUGUUUGCACCAGGAGAGAGGGUGCAAAGAAAAUACAGUCAAGCCUUGGCCAGGUGACUCAGUGGAUGGGAGUGGCGUCUCAUAUGCCAAGAGGUGGUGGGUUCGAUUCCUGGUCAGGGCACAAACCCAGGUUGUGGGUUUGAUCCCCAGUCUGGGCACCUAAGGGAGGCAACCGAUCUAUGUUUCUCUCUCUCCCUUCCUCUGAAAUCAAGUAAAAAAUGUAUUUAUUAAAAGAAAGAAAAUACAGUAAAACCAUAG